CAUUUUGAUGACAUUUCAUAUUUCACAUUCACAUUUCACAUGACAUAUUUUUAAAAUACCUCCAGCGGUGAGACCGUGACACUUGGGGGAUACUAUUUUUAGUAUUCAUUACUUAAAUCGCUUUCAUCUUUUAGAAUAUUUGUAUUAAAAUUCAGUUUAGUGGUUAAAUAAACUGGGAGAUAUGGUUUUUUAAAAACUACUAAGUUGUGUGUGCGUGUUUUGUAAAAGUGAUUUUUAAUAAACCCAUUGAAAAGUUGAGGAGGAAGAUUAUUAUUUUUUGAUUUGAGGAGCAUAUUCCAUAUGAAUGAAUACAUGUACUUAAAAACAGUGAUAUUAUUAAUAUAGAUAACAAAGUGCCAAAAACUAAUAUAAGUAUCAACAAUGGAUCCAGGGUAUUUCGACACGGAAAAGAAAAGGAACCCGAGGGAGACAGCUAACAUAUUUGCCAAGAUAUGUUUCUGGUACACAUGGCCAAUAUUCGCUAAAGGACGCAAAGGGCAGCUUAGCAUAUCAAAUGUAUAUAGAUGUACACCGGAGCACCGAGCCACACCGCGCGGGGAUGUAAUGUAUGAGAAAUGGAGCAAGGAACUUAAAAAAGGAGACAAAGGAAAGAAGCCGUCGCUGCUUCGGACAAUAAUCAAAAUCCACGGCUUGCCGUUUAUCUUGGGCAAUGCGUUAUUCGCUUGUUUUGAAAGUGGCACCAGAUUAUUAAUACCAGUGUGCUUAGAAAGAUUAAUCAAUUACUUCUCGCCGACCCACGCCGGCAUCUCUGACAGCCACGCGUAUAUGUACGCUGCUGGCGUAGUGGGACUAAUGGCCCUCAAUGCAGCCAUGUUACACCCAAUGUUGUUGUGGUUAUUGGAGAUGGCGUUGAAGAUUCGGGUCGCGUGUUCAUCGCUCAUAUACAGGAAGCUCCUGCGGCUAGACUUGACGGUGGGCGGCAAGGCGUCCGAGGGCCUGGCGGGCCACGUGAUCAACCUGCUCACCACGGACGCGCAGAGGUUCGACAUGGCGUCGCUGUUCCUCGUGGACCUGGUGAAGACGCCCAUCGAGAGCACCCUCAUAGUGUACCUCAUGUACCGGCAGAUCGGCGUCGCGGCGCUCAUUGGGGUUGCGUUCCUCUUGCUAUUCAUACCAUUGCAAGCGUACUUGGGCAAGGUGUCAAGCAAGCUCCGGCGGCAGACGGCCGUCCGCACCGACAACCGGAUCAGGCUGAUGAACGAGGUCAUACAGAGCAUCGAGGCGAUAAAAAUGUACGCGUGGGAGGACGCCUUCGCCAAGAUCAUCGGACAGGCCAGGAAAAAAGAAAUGAACGUGAUAAAAAAGAUGUCGUGGCUCCGCGCCGUCAUGAUCUCGUGCGUGAAGCUGAACACGAAGGUGGCCAUUUUCCUCAGCAUCAUAUCGUACCUGUCGUUCGGCAACGACCUCACGGCCGCCAAAGUGUUCGUCAUCUUCACCUACUACGAAAUGCUCAAGUACACUCUGGUGGAUUUCCUGCCUCUCGGGAUUACGUUCACGUUGGAAGCGUACGUGAGCGUGAAGAGGAUGCAAGAGUUCUUACUGCUGACAGAGGUGAACAAUCAAGAUGGCGUCGAUUUGGUGAAAAUUGAAAAUGCCCAAGCCAACGGUGUGUUCGAGAAGAUUGGCAACGGCCAGCAAGCGUACAUAAGGUCAGAUAGCAACGUGGAACAACCCAAGCCUCAGUACGUGAUCAGCAUGAAGGACUACACCACAUACUGGAGGAAUGUGGACGACGAGGCGCAGGGCAAAGUCGUCGAGAACAGGAAGAUAGCGGCGCUCGCUGACAUCGACUUGAAUAUAAAACCGGAAUCGCUGACGACGAUAGUGGGAACAGUGGGAUCGGGCAAGUCGACGCUGCUGCACGCGAUCCUGCGCGAGCUGACGCCCAGCGCUGGGCAGCUGCGGGUCAGCGGGCUGGUCGUGUACGCCGCGCAGGAGCCCUGGCUGUUCGAGGCCUCUGUGCGUCAGAACAUCUUAUUCGGGCAAGACAUGGACCUACGGAGGUAUAAGCAAGUGAUCAAGUGUUGCCAGCUCAAGACCGACCUGGAGAUAUUGUCGCACGGCGACAAGACCAUCGUCGGAGAACGAGGUACAUCGUUGUCCGGCGGACAGAGGGCGCGCAUAUCGCUGGCCAGGUGUGUGUAUCAGAACGCCGACGUGUAUUUACUGGACGACCCGUUGGCGGCUGUCGAUGCAAAGGUGGGGCAAGCGAUCUACGAGGACUGCAUCCGCGGCUUCCUGCGGGACCGGGCGGUGGUGCUGGUGACUCACCACGUGCAGUUCGCGCGCCACGCGAGCCUCGUCGCCGUCAUGCGUGGUGGACGGAUAGUAGCGCAAGGCACAUACCAGGAACUCAAGAACGGGGUACCGGAGUUCGAGACGCUUAUAGAAAUGGGGGAGAAGGUGGAAGAAGAGAAGCAGAAGCAGAAGCAGAAAGCGGCUGGCAACUACGAGGCGCAGGAGUCUGUGGAACAUAAUUACAUGUUGCGCUCGCAGCGGUCAAUGUCGGAAGCUUCACAGUUGUCGUUCAACUUGGACCUAGAUAACAAUCUGGAUCCUACAUAUGAAGGGGAGACUCAAAAGAAGGGUUCCGUGGACAACAGCGUGUACCUGACUUACAUAAGAAGCGGGGGCAAUAAAUGUUCGAUGCUAUUGUUAUUCGGCCUGUUUAUAGUCGCGCAAAUGUUCUACUCCUCCACGGAUGUGUGGCUCAAGGAAUGGGUCAAUCUAGAAGAAGCCAAUAGCGCUGUGGUUAAUGCAUUCAAAAAUCAAAGCCUAAUAGACGGUAGCUAUAAUCAAUCCAGCUUUACUGGUUCUCUUAACCUGACCAGUCAACUGAACCCAACAAUGAAUCAAACGUCAGUAAGCCAAACCACCGGGUCGAAUGUCGCCUCUGAUCAGAACAGCUUAAUGAACAGUGUCCUAAAGGAGAACAUAACUUCGUUUCAAAACGUGACGUUCCAAGAUCUACCCAGCAACUACUUCCACCUGACCCGGGAGCAGUGCGUGUACGUGUACGCCUCCCUGAUCCUGGUCUGCAUCUUCCUGACUUGGAACAAGCUGGUCGUCUUCUACAACACCUGUAUCAGGGCGUCCGUCUCGCUCCACGACUCCAUGUUCAGGGGUGUAACGAAUGCGCCGAUGUGGUUCUUCCACCACAAUCCGUCCGGUCGGAUACUGAACCGGUUCUCGAAGGACAUGGGCCAAGUCGACACCCUGCUGCCCGUCGCCCUGGUCGACUGUCUCGGUUUCUUGUUCGAGGUGCUCUCAAUCCUGGUGGUGGUGUGCCUGGUAAACUGGUGGCUGCUGGUGCCGACGGCUGUGGUGGCGGUGUUGCUGUACCUGCUCCGAGGAUUGUUCCUGUGCACCAGCAGGGAGUUAAAGCGGGUUGAAGCUAUUGCGCGCAGUCAGUCUCUCAACCACGCGGCCGCGACCGUCAACGGCCUGACGACGAUUCGCUCGACGCGGGAACAGCAGCGCACCCUGGCGCGCGAAUUCGACAAACUCCAAGACCUGCACUCCUCGUCGUGGACCCUGGUGCUCACCACCAACCGGGCGUUCGGCUGGUGGAUGGACAUGGUCUGCUGUCUUUACCUUGCGUUCGUCACAUUCAGCUUCUUCUUGUUCUCCGGUGACGACACGCUAGGCGGUAACGUGGGCCUGGCUGUUACGCAAGUGAUAGGUCUCGUGGGAAUGUGCCAGUUUGGUAUGCGACAAACCGCUGAAGUGGAGAACCAAAUGACCUCAGUGGAAAGAAUCUUGGAGUACCAGAAUUUGCCGCCAGAGACCCCAGUAGAGAUGAACAAGAAGGCUUUAAGAGCUAAUCACCCGGAGCUGGACUUCGACAAAUGGCCCAGUAAAGGCGAGAUCGUCUUCGAGGACGUGAGUCUUCAAUACCAGAGCCCCCCAAAGAAAGAGGAGCCGGUGAAGGCGGGCGAAAAGCCCGAAGAGCCAGUGUACGCCAUCAGAGGGGUGAACUUCCACAUCCGGCCCGCGGAGAAGGUGGCCGUGGUUGGAAGGACCGGCGCGGGCAAGAGCUCGCUUAUCAACGCGCUAUUCAGGCUGAACCCGAUUACGGGCGCGGUGCGAGUGGACGGCGUGACGGCGGAGGAGGCAGGGCUGCGCGCGUGGCGCUGCCGCCUGGGGGCGCUGCCGCAGCGGCCGGCACUAUUCGCGGGCUCGCUGCGGGACAACCUCGACCCGCGGGGGCUACACUCCGACGCAGACCUGCUGGCCGCGCUCGACCAGGUGGAGCUGCGGUCGCUGGUGGCGCAGCUGGCGGCGGGGCUGAGCAGCCGCGUGGGCGACGGCGGCGGCGCGCUGUCGGGCGGCCAGCGCCAGCUCGUGUGCCUCGCGCGCGCCGCGCUCGCACGCGCGCCCGUGCUCGUGCUCGACGAGGCCACCGCCAGCGUCGACCCCGAGACAGACAAGCACAUCCAGAACACGAUACGCACGAAGUUCGCCAACUCGACCGUGCUCACCAUCGCGCACCGCCUCCACACCGUCAUGGACUACGACAGGGUCAUAGUGAUGGAUAAAGGACGAGUUGUGGAGACUGGCCACCCGUACGAGUUGUUGACACAGAGUACUAACACACAGAGACCUGAGGCGUUGCCGAAAUGGUCGCUGCUCUCCAAAAGUCAGGCGCCGCUAGCGAUACCCGAGAACUUCGCGUUCGACCAGCGUUCGGACAGUUUCGUCGAUGACGCAGCGCCGCACGCGGUGAGGAACAGAAUGAGGACAUACUCUAACAGAUCCGAAGUUAGCGAUCAAGACACUGGAGGUAUUUUCAAGACGUUAGUUGAACAAACCGGGAAAGAGACGGCCGCCAUGUUGUAUAAAAUGGCGGAAGAGAGCUAUAAAAAGCUGCAAGAGAAGAAGAACAUAUGAAGAGGUCACAAACAACACUCCACCGCAUGUUGCCUUCAAUUUUAUUCGAAUUGUUUGUACUGAUCAGUAUUUUAUAUUUAUUAAUACUAAUUUACAUUUAUUUUACCGACGGUCAAAUUAAUUAUGCGUUAUUUACUUACAGUUUAUCGUCUAGCUACUUAUUUCAAUCGUGGAUCUCUAUAUUUACUUAUUAUAUAGAUGCAAAUUAUUUUGUAGUAUAAAUUUAUAUUUUAUUAGUUUUAAUAAACAACUAAGGUCACAAUAUUAUACUAUAGUAGGUAUCCAAUUAUCUGCCAUGAAUAAUUUUAGGAAAAAACGCCGAACCAACACGACAACUUCCCGCCAAAUAUUCUGUCAUAAUGACAGAAACGACCAGCUGUCAAUUGUUGCUAAUAUCUUCCGCUAGGGUAUUUUUUUUAUGUGAAUGUAGCGUUGACGGUGCUGUUUAUAAAUUUAAAUAUUUUAAUUUAAUUAAAACAAGCGUAUUUUAAUGAAAUUUAUUUGUUUUUAUUUGUAUGUAUAUUGAAUUUUAACUUAAUAUAUAUAUAUUUUUUUUAUUUUUAUCACUCGAAUGAAAAAGUUUUUAGUAAUUAGAGAGAAUUAUGUUCGGCACAUUCGAAUUUUUAUUCUAUUCCGUACUUAUUAAGGUGCUAUUUGUCAAUUUUGUACUUAUUAGAUGUAUACCUACAAGGAAUUGCAAUAGUGUGUGUAUGCAACGCUAUCUUUAAUAUACACAAUUAUAGUUUAUUCAAUGUUUAAGUGAAUCGAUCUCGUGAAAAACUAAAAUAAGGUCAAGCAUCUCGUAUUUGAAACUUUAAGUCAUGUAUAGAAAAAAUAGCGUUGUAGAAUGUGCCCGGGAAAAGACUCCGCGUCGUUUGACAAGUGAAAAUUAAUUUCAAUCAAAUCAACUUAAUGCCCUUUUGAGUAAUUUUUUUAUGAAUUCACCGCCAGAAUUGAAAAGUUAAAAGAUCAGGGGGCUACCAUGAAAUGAAAUUUCUAAGUUUCGGGCUCAAAUUCGUGUUUUCGUUCAUACCUAAUACGGCCCAAUAAAUGGAGCUUAACAUUUCGUUCGUCACAAAUCCUACCAUAAAAGUCCAAAGGAAUAAUAUUUUUAAUGUUUUUGGUAUGUAAUUUGUAAUGGUAAGUAUUAUGUAGUUUUAACAUCAAAUUUUGUGUUUCGUUCGGCUCCGAAAUUUCGGAAAACAUUUCAUGAUAGGCCCUCCUCAGGUUUCUUACUCAUUUAUUUAGUUUAUAUAAUAUAACUCUAUUAGUAACUAUAUGGCUAUUAAUAAUAUAAUUUAUUAUUUAGCGUAUUUAUGUUUGCACCACAUAUGUUAUGCUUUAAGUGCAAACCCUAUAGACACUUGCUCUUUUCGUGUUGUCAAGGUUGACUGAAAGACAUCCCUUUAAUAGAUAAGUCCGCCUGUGUACAUUUUUGUUAUAACCUAAUAUCUAUAAGUGAAUGUACAAAUGCAAAUAAAUAAAUUAUUUAUUAUGGCGUAUAUAUGCCAUAGACUAAAUUAAAAUUUGGCACGUUCACUUUUUCUCAUUCCAUAUUGUCUUUGGUAUUGCGUAAUAGACAAAAUAGAGGCGUUUUACUUUAGAACUAUCUCUUACCAUUUUGUAAUCUAAAAUUAUUAGUCAAUUAAUAAUUAAAGUCAAUUCGUCGUCAAUUAAUCUAAAAGAAUUACUUUUUAAAGUCUAUAUGAUGUUUAACUAACUGACUAGUAUGUAUAUAUAUAUAUAUAUAUAUAUAUA